AUGCUAGUGGUUAUGUUGCUGCUUGCACUGUUGUGUCAAACUGCAUCCAAGGCACAUUCCAUUAUCUGCAGCAUAUAUGACGAUCCCCUCCCUACUCCUCAUAACUUUUAUAAGCCAGGUGAAAUAAUCAUUGGGGAGAUUGUUUCCCAAGUGUUCUUAAACUACGAUAACCUCUCUUUCACAGAACAGCCUAUGCAGACAUUGAUUGAUGAACCUAUUUCAGUGCCUAAGAACUACCAGCAUAUUCUGGCUUUAGCAUUUGCUGCCAAAGAAAUCAAUGAGAACCCCACAAUCUUGUCAAAUAUCUCUCUUGGCUUCCGCAUCCUCAAUAGUUACUUCAAUGCAAGGAUGACCUACAAAGCCACUCUGAGCCUCCUUUCCACACAACAAAGAUUUGUCCCCAACUUCAGCUGUGACAACCAAAACAAUAUGAUAGCACUCAUUGGAGAAUGUUUCUCUGAGAUCUCUGCUAACAUUGCAGUGAUUUUGGCAAGCAGGAAGAUCCCACAGGUUCAUCAUUUACUAAGAAGCAUCAUAUUCAAUAACAGUGUUGGGGACACUAUCCACUUUAAUGAAAAUAGAGAAUUAGUUGCAGGCUUUGAUAUUACAAACUGGAUGAUGUUCCCCAAUGGCUCAGUGAUGAGAGUAAAAGUUGGAAGGCUAGAACCUCAGGCUCCUCCGGGCAAUGAACUGACCAUUAAUUAUGACCAAAUUAUGUGGCCUUCAAAAGUCUCUGAAGUUCUGCCUCGUUCUGUGUGCAGUGACAGCUGCUAUCCUGGCUCCAGCAGGAAAAAGAAGGAAGGAGAGAAAUUUUGCUGCUAUGACUGUGCUCUGUGUCCAGAUGGGAUGAUCUCCAACAAGAAGGAUAUGGAUGCCUGUGUCAAAUGUCCAGAAGACCGGUAUCCCAACAAGAACCAAACUAAAUGCAUUCCAAAAUUGGUAACAUACCUCUCUUACAAAGAAGACUUGGGGAUCACCUUAACUAGCUUGGCUAUUAUUUUCUCUUUGACCACAUGUUUAGUACUUGGGAUUUUUAUGAAGCACAAGGACACUCCCAUUGUCAAAGCCAACAACCGGACCCUCACCUACAUCCUCCUCAUCUCCCUCCUCCUUUGCUUCCUCUGUUCUUUGCUCUUCAUUGGACAACCUGCAAAGGCAACCUGCCUUCUACGUCAAACCACUUUUGGCAUUGUCUUCUCUGUGGCCCUUUCUUCUGUGUUGGCAAAGACCAUCACUGUGGUUGUGGCAUUUAUGGGAACAAAACCAGGAUCCAGGAUGAGGAAAUGGGUGGGGAAAAGACUGUCUAAUUCUAUUGUUCUCUCCUGCUCUUUUAUUCAGGCUGCCAUUUGUACUCUUUGGUUAAGUUCUGCUCCUCCAUUCCCAGGUAGAGACAUGCAUUCAGUGAAAGGUGAAAUCAUACUGGAAUGUAAGGAGGGUUCUGUUGCCAUGCUUUAUUGUGUCUUGAGCUAUAUGGGUUCCCUGGCCAUAAUCAGCUUUGUUGUGGCUUUCCUUGCCAGGAAGUUACCUGACAGCUUCAAUGAGGCCAAGUUCAUCACUUUCAGCAUGUUGGUGUUUUGCAGUGUGUGGUUAUCCUUUAUUCCAACCUACCUGAGCACCAAAGGAAAAUACAUGGUGGCUGUGGAGAUCUUCUCCAUCUUAUCAUCCAGUGCUGGAUUACUGGGUUGCAUCUUUUCCCCAAAAUGUUACAUCAUUGUGCUGAGGCCUGAGCUGAACAACAGGGAACAACUCACAAGGAAAAUGAAAUGA